GGGCCCUGAGUGGUGGUGUGUGAAGAGUGGGCGCCAAAAAAAGGAUGAGAGAUGGGUAGUACCACCUUACUCAUUUGCUCUAACCGUGUAAUUUCUGCUUGCAAUCUUCUGUCCUCUAUAUCGUUUUCAAUUUCCUCUAUCUCUUUCUGUAUGUUCAAAAGUAUCUUUUUUGCAUGUUUGAUAUUUUCGUCGUGGCUGAAAACCCAGCAAAUGUCGAAUAAUUUGUAUUAAAUCUCACUCAGCCUUGUGUUGAGACCGCAGUUCUUGCCCCCAACGAUCUAGACAAUAUAUCUACAGGUAGAACCAACCUUUCUACUUUUGUUUGGUUCGUGCGAAUAGAAAAACGCAUCUUUCAUGCACACUACCAGCGGGCGUCUAUUUCGGUCCCAAUAUCUGUAAGGUUAGACCCCACGAUUCAUCCAGUUAUAUUCUUUCCUUUCAGUGCGAGGCCAAUAUUUGGCCACUAGGUGUCCGAUAUCCUGGUCUUGCAUCUGAUCAACAAGUCAUAUCAUUGCUCUCCAUCUCCCGCUUUCUUCAAACAGUUGUACGAAGCCUGCACCACCAUCAAACAAGAGGCGUCCACCCCCCCUCACACAGCCACGAUCCUCCAGCGAUUCAUCUACAGCUUCAUCAACUUCAUCACUCAAAGUUCCCCGAACACCCAGAUUCGCCGAAGCGACGGCUGUAUAUUCUCCUGUAGAUGAUAGGAGAUCACCAUUUGCAGACCCUCCAAGCACAUCAGAUUCCAACCCCCCCAAAUCACAAGCAUACAUGGCUCAAUCACAACCCUCCGAUAUUGGCUUCGGCUACAUAUCGGAUAACCAAAGACAAUCCCAAGGUGUUCCAGUCGAGAUGCCACUUACUCCAUCCUCACCAUUAAAAAGCGCAUUAAGAGUACCCGGUACGCCAGGAAGAAUGAUGAACCCAUUGAGUCCGACAUUCCGAGAGGAACAGGUUCUAGAAAAGCAUGAGGAAAUGACUGAGAAGGAGCAAGUCAAGGACUUGAAAGUCAAGACCAGAGUCAGAGUAGCAAAGCUACUACUGAGAUUUGUAAACUUCAGCUGUAGUCUAAUCGUUCUCGCCAUGAUCUCAACCAGUGUCACCAUCUUCAACGCAACCAAAUCAUUACCAUCCCGAAGCAAUCUUCCGCCUUGGGCCGAGGGUACAAAGACUUGGCCUCAAAUCGUCGUUCUUUCAGUAUCCUGUGUAUCACUUGCACUUUGUUUAGUCGUCUUUUACAAUUAUUGGAAAGGAGGUCACAAGCGAGCAGAGAAGGUCGCGGUUUAUUACACUCUCUUUGCAGUCGCCUACUUCAUCUUCAGUACAGUCAUGUGGGCAGUAGCAGCUGGUAUCUUACAAGGUGCAAGAAACAGCGGAAACAACAAAGAUAUCUGGGGUUGGUCAUGUGUCGACAAUAAAAGACGAGAAAUCUUUCAAGAAGAAGUGGACUAUGCCCUAGUUUGUCGAUUGCAAUCCUGGGGUCUCGUAUGUUGUAUCAUUGAAGUCGUCCUGGAAUCCAUCACCAUCGCGAUCUACGGCGUCGUCUUCUACCGCUACUAUUCCAAACAACGACUUCGCAAAUCCAUGGCCAUUCGCGAUCGGGCUCGUUCGGAUCUAUACCUCGCUCAACUCCGUUCCCAAUCUGCACCCAACACGCCUGGUUUUGGCCCCUUGAGCCCUUCCUAUUCCCAAUAUGCUAAAUCCCCGAGAUUCCCACCAAGCGCGUAUCAGAAUGGUCCGGAUGCGGAGGAAGGCAAUGGAACGAGAUUUGUAGAGGCAAAGGCGCAUGGUGGAAUGAAUGCAACGAAACCAUUUACGCUACAAGCACCUCCGAUCAGAGUGCAAAGCGCUACGCCGAAGAUGGACCAGGGAGGAUUUGAAGCUCAGACUCCUCUGCCGCCACCACCACCACAGCAACAACAACAUAGAGUUGUGGAACAUGUGGAGGCGGCGCCGGGCGAACAAACUUAUGACAGUGUACCGAUACCCGGUGCGUAUUAGUCCGCUUCCGGGUUCAGGGAGAUAGGACUGUCUGAGAACAAGAGGGUGUGAAUGUAGAUAAUUUAUUUGGUUCGGUGAUGUGAAGAGGGUCGGGUGGAUAGUUUUUGGAAUUCCUGGGCUAGGAUUUGGAUACGAAUUUGGGUUCUUGUGUUUGGUUGGUGUCUAGGACAUACACACAACGCACCCAUACUUUAUGUUGUCCCUUGACAUUUACUUUAUUUUCUUUAUUUCUUUUUUUAACUACCUCUUUGAUGGACGGAGUUUGGUUGGUUGGUUGGUUGGAAGAUACUCCCUAUAACGCUUCAGUCGUUUACAAUUUCUUUUAUUUGCUUAAAGUGUAUGAAUGGAUGGAUAUGUGUGGAUGAAGGGAUUGGGGGUGACACUGCAUUACCACAGUAUAUUGGAGGAUGAAACAAACGAACGAACACAUACCAGGGGGAAGAGAGAUGGAAGGAUGAAUGAAAGGAUAAAUACAUCCGCUACGAGAAUACCUGGACGAAAAACCCAGGGAAAUCAAAAAGAAAACCCACUCGUUGAAAAGAAGAAGCUGGACUUGAAAUCUAUGUAAUAUUGCUGGAUGCAAUUUUUGGGAAAUAUAUACCUAGGAAUCUCAUGUUGGAAGAUCUGCCAGCUAGAUUGAUUGCUCAAUGAAAAUGAAAGAAUAUUAUUAUACCUUUACA